GUCGCGAGGCUGCAGUAGCUCUCUCGGCGCCUAAUUUCGGGAAAUCGAGAUCUGAAGAAUGAUAAAUGUUGCGUAAUUGCGCUUGGGGCCCCUUUCGUGCCGGGCGAUAUGGCUUUUAUAAUUGGAUUUCGGAUGCAGGAACGGAUAUGCGUGUGUACUUGCUUCUGAUGGGUGUUUCACGCGCAGGCGGUGCGCUGUUGUUGUCGACUUUUGGCCCGUUUUACACUGCAGUCGACAGAUUAAUCGAUUUUAUUGUACGUCUGUUGGUGUGUGGGUGCGCUAUUUCUUAUUGUUAUUCUCGUACGAGCAUGUAUAGGCGGGAUUUGAUGAGUAUGGGAUGAAAAAGAAAGUUCGUUUCCGGUUUGCUAAUUGUGCAUAAUAAUGCGAGCGAUGACUUUCGGAAAAAAAAACAGGGAACAAUAUGAGGGGAUAAUAUCUGGGUGAACGCGAUCAUUAAAAUGUAGCGUAUCACGGUGAGCUCGCGGUCGAUACUAUACUCGGCAAUGAAAAGAAAUACUCCUGACGAGAAGUUUUAGAUUUGACUCUCUCCUUCGCGCCAAAAAAUCUGUAUAAAUAUAGCUAUAGAUCAUCGUCAUCAUCGUCGCACCAACGCGAUGAAUAAGGAAAGCUAUAUACACGCAUCGGCGCGUCCUUUGUCGAAAAUGCAAAUGGGAUAUCGCGCCGAUGAAAACACACUACAGCGCUUUAAGGCCGCAUCGCUUGUGUGUCUGUAUGUGUGUGUGUGUGUGCCAUAAUUUAUGCUAAGUUGUAUAUCCUUUGCGUAAGAAUUUCCAGUCGCGGUCUUUACAGACAUUUUUCGCUCUUUGCAUUUCCUUAGCCUCUGGCUUUUCAAUUGCGCUGAGAGAAUUGUAUAGGAAAAAACUCUCGAGAUUACAAUACACCACGAAGAACGCGCUCGUUAUUCUGCGAAAAUUUUCGCUACUGGCAGUAAAAAAAUUCAUUCCAAUGCGAAUAAUGUUUAGGCGAAGCCGCAUACGCCUCGGUUCAGCUGAGAAUUCACAAGGUAAAAGUUGUAUACGAGAGCGCUGUGGCGGCCGUUCUCUUAUUUUUCGUGCGCUAAAAAGGAAGUGGCCUGUUCGGAUUUUGCAUAUCGCGCGCUCCGAGAGAGAGAGAGAGAGAGAGAUAUUACGCGCGCUCAAGUAUUGCGCCAGACGCCAGUAGCUGUAUACUAUAAUGUAUGUACGUUUCGCGAAAGUGUAAAAAAGUCAUUCCCGUGUAAAGUGAGUUGAAUUGAAAGUUUGGUUUAUCACUGUGUAUAUUUUCAUUCAUAUACGACUCUAUAACUCGUCGAGUAUUUUAAUAAAUCGACAACUCUCUCGAUUUAGAUAUUUAACACGAGCUGGCUUAUAACCCUGUGGGCCGCGUGCACGGAGUUAAUUUGUAAUCGGAUUACAGGAAGCGCGUGUAUAAGGUGUCCGCCGUAAGCUCAUAGGAGAUAUUUCUUUAUAGAGCGUGAAAAUUAUUGUAAUAAAAUAAUUAAUCCGCUAAUCCAUUACUCUGACACGAUUACCUACAUAUAAACUGAAAAAUCCUUCUCAUAAGGCUCUCAUUCGGCGUGCGCCGCUGCGAAAACAAUAAAUAAAUCACCGUCUCCGCGACCUUCCCAUUGGCCGUGCACGCGCAAAAAUCCGCCCACGAUAAGCAGUUAUUAUCCUCCACACGCGCUCUCUCAGGUGUGCUCUCCGCGAGUAGGUAUCCUUUGUAUGUAAUACACAGUGCAGCUGAUCUCCCCCCCUCCUACGGUCCAUACCGUAUAUCUACCUCGGCGACUCUCGCCUUUCACACGCAUAUAUGACACACAUCAACGGCCCGUUUCGUAAAACCUCAGUUUCUCGGCGCUCGCGUUGUCCCUAUAAACACACACACACACACAGGCACAGCUGCGCCGAGAAACGUGCUCUCUCACACAUACGCCUGGAAAUAAGCGCUAUAUACUGAUGAAAGAGGAACAAACGGUAUAGAGAGCGCGCAGUGUACACAUGCGCGCGCGAGUUAUCAUCCAGUACUCCCGCGGAAUGCUCCUGUCAAAAGUGUCAAGAAAAGCGAUGCGAAAGCUCGUUCACGCGGGCAGCUUCUCCGACGACACUGCUACUGCACAAUAAUACAGUGAGCUCGCGACUCGCGAGAGAAAAAGAGGAGAUCGCGGGUUUGCGUUUCGGAGCUGCCGCCGCGCUCUGCGUAUCGCAGGUCAUUGGGCAAGAGAGCUCUCCGAGUGUGUGCGCGCGUAUGUGUACGCCUAUUUUCGGAAAUUAACCUUGCAACUGCGUGAAGAUCGUUCCUGCUGCCGAGUGCAACCUCCUCGGCGCGUCUUAUGUGCCUCCGGAGCUCGGGCCUUACGUCAGCGUCAUCACCUUGGAGCUCGGCCUACGCGACGCGACAUGGCCGUGUCCAUCAACGAGAUCUGCGAGAACACCAAGCUCGCCAGGGAGAUGGCAUUGACGGGCAACUACGACACCUCCGGCGUCUAUUACCAGGGUGUCGUGCAGCAGAUACACAGGCUGCUCUCCAGCAUCGUCGACACCAGCCGCAAGGCCAAGUGGCAGCAGGUCCAGCACCAGAUCGUCCAGGAGUUUGAGAGAGUCAAGGCGACCUCCAGCACUAUACAGUUGUUCAAGGUGGACACCCACAGCGAGAGGCUCAUCGGAUCCUCCUGUCUCUCCUACGAGGAGCCCACUAGGGACUCCGCGCUGUACUCCUGCGGAACCUCUGGCAACUGGGCACCCACGCCUCAGAGGGAUCCGGACGUCUGGCCUCCGCUAUCGCCUACCGAACAAAUUAAUUCAAACAGGAACUCGAAAAUCCAGCCAAGGAACCAACAGAGGCCACCAAACAGGUCCAAUAUCCGUAAGCCCAGUGUGUCAUCUGCAAAGAAAACAGAUGUCAAGCCCGUGUCUCGAAACAGUCAGCGAAAUAAUAGCAGUGUCGACGACAAGAAAAAUUCAAACACAAAUAGUACUGCUAAGAAAGAUGAUGUAAAUAAGGAAAAGGGUGAGACAGAAAAGACGGAUGUUGAAGUUGAAGAAAGAAAAUUUGAGCCUUCAGGUGCUGACAGGGACCUUGUAGACACGUUAGAGAGAGAUAUUGUACAGAAAAAUAUUGAUAUCCAUUGGGAUGAUAUAGCUGAUUUGCACGAUGCCAAGAGGCUACUUGAAGAAGUAGUUGUACUACCCACACUGAUGCCAGACUUUUUCAAAGGUAUUCGUAGACCUUGGAAAGGUGUGUUAAUGGUUGGACCGCCGGGCACAGGAAAAACCAUGUUGGCCAAAGCAGUUGCUACUGAGUGUAGUACGACCUUCUUCAACGUUUCUUCCUCUACAUUGACGUCGAAAUACCGAGGAGAAUCGGAAAAACUCGUUCGUCUCUUAUUUGAAAUGGCCAGGUUUUAUGCACCCAGUACAAUAUUCAUAGAUGAAAUUGAUUCUCUGUGUUCGCGACGAGGUUCCGAGUCUGAACACGAAGCAUCCAGGAGGGUCAAAUCUGAACUUCUAGUUCAAAUGGAUGGAAUCAGUUCUAAUAAUGAAGAUCCUACUAAAAUAGUCAUGGUUCUUGCGGCUACCAAUUUCCCUUGGGAUAUUGAUGAAGCCUUGAGGAGGCGAUUAGAAAAACGAAUAUACAUACCUUUACCGACUCACGAAGGUAGAGAAGCGUUAUUAAAAAUCAACCUUCGCGAAGUUAAAGUAGACGAUUCAGUCAACCUUAGUGACAUAGCAGAAAAACUAGAAGGUUAUUCUGGAGCAGAUAUCACAAACGUCUGCAGGGAUGCGUCAAUGAUGUCCAUGCGACGGAAAAUUGCUGGUCUAAGGCCAGAUCAAAUAAGACAGUUGCCAAAAGAGGAGUUGGAUUUGCCGGUGUCGGCACAAGAUUUCGAUGAAGCGCUUGAAAGGUGCAACAAAAGUGUUUCUCAAGAAGAUCUUGAAAAGUAUGAAAAGUGGAUGAGCGAAUUUGGUUCAUCUUGAUACUGCAGUUCGCGUGCAUAAUUUUUGGAUUUAUGAAUGUAUUUUUUUACCAAAGGCAAAGUCAGCCUCUUGAAUAUUGUAAAAAAAAACAACCAAAUUAAUCCAAAUAUAUGUCAUUAAUUAAAAAUAUAAUUUUAAAUGUAAAAUAUGACUGUCUUUGGGACCAACAACUUUUCCAUUAUAAUCCAUACGAGGGAUUUUUAUUUUCUUUUUUUCAUUACCAAA